AUGAGAGGUGAAGUGCGUGAGGAUCUUAAAGAGGCUGAACAGCUUGCGGCUGAAGGUUUAAGUGUCGAAAAACAGCAAGAACAACUUCUGAUGAAUAAAUUGGCCGCAAAUGGACGACUUCCAGCAAAACCGCAGAGCACUUUCCUUCAGAAGAAAUUGCAACAGCAAAGAGUUGGUAGAACUUUGGUGGUUGUUGAUUUGAAUGAAAAUUUCUUUAAGAAAUUCUUCGAUUCUGGUGAUUAUGCGAUGAACAAAGACAAAGCGAAGCAUCCACUGCCAUCUGCAGUGCCAAAUGUUGUUUCAUCAAUUGCAUCAGUGCAGCCAACUACUCAUAGAGGCCAAGUGACAGCACUAAAUGUCGAUGUGACAACGACAUCAGCAACUUCAUCGUCGUCAAGCGCAGCCAUUCAGACAGCUGUUUUGAACAGUGCUACUCCGGACGAAUCACUGCAGAUUCCACGUCCAGACACGGUACCACAACGCAAAGCAUCAAUCAUUUACCCAUCUGUACAUAGCAAAUUAAGUCCUCAACCACAUAUUCAUCACUCUUCACAUGACGAUAUCUUACCUGAUCAUAAACAAAUGUAA